AGAAGCCUGGUGUGUUCAAACAGCUGCAGAGACACCAAGGACUCAGAGGGGGACAGACGGGGACGGGCUCACACUCAUCUGCAGGUCUGAGUGGGGACCUGAGCUCACACAUUUGACACACACAGACCAGUGUGUGUGUGUGUGUUAAAUGUGUGUGAGCCACACUAAAGACACGCAAGUGCUUCGUUUUCAUCCACACUUUCUUGGACUACCCAGGUGUCUUCACCAGACUGUGGACUCCAACAUAAAUCCAAUUUCCAGACAAUAAAAGACAAAAGGGGGGGGUAAAAAAAAAAACAAAAACAGACCAUGGGGACCUGCCCCACCAGAUGUCAGUCCAAUCUGACCAUCCUGGAAAAUUCAGAACCUGAAUCAGAUCAUCAGGACAACGUCCUGGUGUCCCUCUACAACUACCCGUCCUUUGGAAAUACAGAACUGACCAUGCACAUGGGGGACAGACUCACCGUCCUAUCAGACGAUGGGGACUUCAUAAUGGUGAAGUCAGAGACAACUGGCUGUGAGAGCUACAUUCCAACAAACUACACCGCCAGAGUCACCCACAGGUGGAUGUUCACAGGCAUCAGCAGGUUCAAAGCAGUGGAGCUGCUCAUGCAGCCACAGAACCACAACGGAGCCUUUCUGAUCCGGGACUCCGAGACCAACAGAGACUGCUACUCCUUGUCUGUCCUGAGGCGCUCCUCCUCUUCUUCUACGUCCCACUCAGACUGUGUGAAACACUACCGUAUCUAUCAGCUCCAGAACGGUUGGGUGUACAUAUCUGCAGGACUCACCUUCCCCUGUCUUCACCAGCUGGUCCAACACUACUCAGAGCAGGCGGACGGGCUGUGCUGUCGGCUGACCCGCCCCUGUCACAUCCAUGGCUCCGACACCACAGACUCAGCCACGCCCCCUCCUACUGCCAUGAGAAGACCCACCGUCAACUGGAAGGACAUCAGCAGGUCAGUGAUCUUCAGGAGGAAGCGGACAGAGUCGGACCACUCUCUGGUCAGUGAGGGGCUCAGGGAGGCCAUCAGCUCUUACCUCCAAAUGACAGAAGGCACCGACCACAGCUGGGACACCUGAGUCUGGGAUGAUGAAGGUCCACAGAAGCAUGUGCAUUUUGAAUGAACCACAGGAGGACCAUGGGCAGCACCCAGGACCAUCCUUUAAGGACUAAGACAGACACAGAGACACGGAGACACUACAGCGUCUACAGCAGAGAAUGACUGUAGGAGGACACAGUGUCUGAACAGGAAGGACUGUAUGAGCAGAACGGAUCCACAACUAGUGGAACUGAACCCUGACAGACCCAAAAGCAUCUGCUGAUCUGAACUGUUGAAGCACUAACCCUAUAAAUACAUGUAAAUAAUAACACACAGUUUGUCAGCACUCAUUCACCAGCAGAAUCCAUGUAGUUUGACAGGUGACAGUGGGUGGAAAUAUCUGAAUGUAGAAUUAAAGGUAUAUUUUAUUGAAAAACUUA